AUGGUUGGGGACUGUGACAUCAUGCUGGUAGUCAAUGAUGAGGAAAUGUCAGAGUGCGAGCGUUCCAUGAAGGAUCUUGGCAUCAAGGAUGGCGAUCGUUUGAGUGUCAAGGUCAUUGCAAAAGAAGUUCCCAAGGCAACAUGGACAGAGAAAGAUCAAAAUGCGCUGGAGAUGCUGGAGAAGUUGAAUGAAGGAGUAAUCAAGGUGAAUUACCAUGAACUCCUGAACUUGCGUGAGAAAAAGGCAAAGUUCCAGCGGGAGAAUGAGAGUGAUGAGGGCAGUAGUGACGAUGCCGAACAGUCUGACCACUACUACAACGAGUUUGUCAAGUUCCUUCACAGUAGAUAUGCCAAGGGCCCCUCAGACUUCAAUGAUUAUGCAGUCAAGGUCUUGCUCUUCCAACCGAAGGGUGACUUCAUUCUUUCAGCGCCUUUGGAGAACCCACGGAUUGAGGAGGACAUCUACCUUGACCGCUUGCUGAAUUGGGGUGAUACCGAAUUGUCAUUGACUUUGAAGUUGCGCCUCAAGGUCCGUGGUCUCUCUCCCGGGGGGGUGUCCAAGCAUGUUGUCAAGUCCAAGGGUGACAAGCGCGCUGCGUCCAGUGAUGCUGCUUCUUUCAAUGCCACCUACAACUACUGCCUUCAGACCUUUGGCAAUGACACUUACAAUGUCGGCGUUGCAAUGGAUGCAUUGCCAGUGCCUAAGUUGGAGGCACUGAAGGAGCAUCUGAAGGCAGGUUGGAAGAAACCCAACAGUGCCAAGAUCGCAGAAAUCCAUGAAUUCUUUCCUGAAUACUAA